AUGGCAGCAGUUCUUGAAGUAGAAGAUGAUGUCUUUUUUGCAGAUUUAAGUCACCAAAUCUCCCUCCUUCUCAUGGAUGAUGAUGAAGGAUCACUUGUUCAUUGUUCAUCUGUUAAUUUACAGGCCUCAACUCAAGGAAUUACCUCAGCUACACAAACAUCAUAUGAUCAGACAAGCAGAAUAGAAAGAAAAGGGACUGGCGUUUUCAUACCUCGUUCUUUGCAUCCUUCUAGGAAUAACAGACAUGGAAGAUUCACAGCUAAUUCUAGGAUUAAAUUCCAAAGGAAUUCUGAUAAUUCAAGGGGGCUUCAUCAUGUUGCUAAUUACAUUAAUAAAAAUUAA